AUGUCGGCUCGUUCUACCAAAAGUUCCUCUCUCGCAGCGAAGCCCAGCCUGAAGAAGAAGGCUCGGGUGAGCGUCGAGUCUCCAAAGUCUCCCAAGAACAGGGUUAUAGCUGCUAAGGCGCAAUCUCGUCCCGACCUCUCGGACGCACCGAAACUCUCGCUCAAAGCGAAGGGGAAGGAACGGGCAGCUACAUCACCAUCCAUCCUCAAGAAACACAAGAAGGCUACUAGUGUUUUUACCACCGCGACGUCUGAUCCUAGCUCCUCUACACUUCUGCCUACGUCUUUCAAAGUCAUCGCCGGCUCUUAUGAAAAGUUACUCUAUGGUCUCGCGGGCACUGUCUCUUCCGACGAGCCCUCAUCUGCAUACACGUUCGACAUCAAGCCAAUAUUCAUCUUUCCCGCCCAUAUGUCAUGCAUCAAGUCUGUUGCUGCUUCGCCUCACGGAGGAAAGUGGCUCGCUACAGGGAGCGCAGACGAAAUCAUCAAGGUGUGGGACUUGAGGAGACGAAAGGAGCUGGGUUCCAUAACACACCUCGAGUUUCCUUCACGAUCCCAUCUCUUGUCCGCUUCAGAAGACGGGACGUUAUGCCUCUUCCGCGCGCGCGACUGGGCAGUACUUCGGGAACUGAAGGGACACAAAGGACGCGUCAAUUCCGUCGCCGUACACCAGUCUUGUAAGGUCGCGCUGAGCGUUGGGAAGGAUAGGACAUUGCGUAUGUGGGAUCUCAUGCGAGGGAAGGGUUCUGCGAGCACGAAGAUUGGCAAGGAGGGCGAACUUGUACGUUGGUCGACGGAUGGGUCCAUCUUUGCUGUACAAGCGCAAAACACCAUUGAGAUCUACUCCACGGAGAUGGCCCUUCUUCAUACCAUCAUCCAUCCCUCCCGACUACAUGACAUCAAAUUCUGCAAACGCACUGAAGGCGAAGGUGAACUCCUUCUCGCCGGGGCGGAGGACAAGAAGCUUUCCGUGUACGAUGUCCCCAAAGACCGAACAAAACUUCCGUCCAUCAUCGCCGAAAUGGUCGGCCAUACCAAUCGGUCCGUCUUUCUGUUCCUAUACUUUGUCUCUGGUUGA